GCCGCGCGCCUCUUCCCCCGCGGAACUCGUCGGCCGGCGGGAAGCCGAGCGGGCACGGGCGGCGCGCGGGAGCUGCUUUCGCCCCCGGCCCGGCCCGGCCCGUCCUGAGGCGGCUGGAACGGCGAGGGCCGCGCUUGGCCUCGGUAUGAGGAAUAUAAAUAAAGAGCCCCGCGGACCCUCCAGCCGAUAUGCACCAUGUGAUUGGUACUAUCACAUACCUCUGAAGCGUUCAGAGGCACCUGUUAACUCUGAAGGUCCACCACAGCCAGCAUCCCAGAUCCCAGGUCUUGGGGAUAUUGGAGAAUCUCACAGUGAAAUUACCUUUGGGGGACGAAGGAGGUGGAUCAAAGACACCGACUCAGAAUAUGUCAAGCUGGCAAAGCAAGGAGGCCAACCUGAUUUAUUGAGACAUUUUACACCUAUGCCACGAAAAAUGUCCGUAAUGUCCUACGCUCCACCGGAUUGGUACAUGCAUCACAGCAAACCACUGGCAGAUGAAUCUAAAUUGCGGGUUUCAAAUAUGCCAGACUACAUGACCCAUGAGGAGUUUAAGACUGAACAAGCUGCCAGCUAUGAGCCUAAAAGGGGGCCUUUUGAUUUUGAUAUGAAAAGUGUUUGGCAAAGAGAUGCUGAAGACAAAGAAAACAAAGAGAAAAAAGAGGAAAAUGGAAUACAAGUUGCAGGUUCUCCUAGCAGCACAAAAGAAGAAAUAAAGCUUCCUGCUAUAACUCCGAAGUAUCCACACAGAACGCCACAACCUAUUGCAACUAAAGAAUUCCAUGAAGGAAACCGGGUUUACUUCCCCCCAAUGCCUGCUCACAAAAAAAACGAACCUGUAAACUUCAGUAAACUGAUCAGCAGUGGUUAUGGGGAUGAGUGGCUCCAGCAACGAGAUGAGUGGGAAAAAAAGAAUUCCCAACCUAACGAUUCUCUUCUUCCAAAUUCAGAGACAGCCCAGCCAGACUCAACACAAAUAGACAAUGAGUAAAUGCUGACACAUCAUAGAAUUACCAAAAAAUCCAUUUCUUUUUCAGAACAUCUCCGAUUGUAGCAGACCAUAAUUGAGUUUAGGAAGUGGAUGUCUAUAUUUAUAUGCUGACAUGUUAGAUUAUGCAGGCCUAACAGUUUAUUUUCACGAGGUUGCAAGUGAAACGAAUUCAGCCUAAUAAUCUCUUCCAGCAAAUGUUACAGGUUGGGGUGCUUCCUUCUGUUGUAGCAUAUUUUAAGAUGCUGUUUGCUUUUGAAGCCUGUCACCACUGACUUUCAUGAAGGUCUAUUUUUUAGCCUACUGUCCUCAAGCCACACCAUCAGCUUGGGAGCUGGUGAGCAACAGCAUUCCAGCAGUGGCAGGGCCUGGUCCAUCUGUAUGCCCCGCUGGAGAGAAUGGGGUGGGAAAAAAUAGACCCAUUUAAGCACUAAGCUUUGCAAUGCUGAGCCUUUAAACUCCUAUGUUUUCAAGUACAGAAAGGGGUUAGUAAAUGUUAGAUUCUUCUGGUAGUUCAUGCUGGAAGAGUAAAUACAUAUAUUUUUUGAAAAUGCUUUGUGUUAGCCCUGAAACAGUUACUCGGAGUUAGAUUGUAUUGACAGUUUUCAGUUUAAUUCUUACGUUGUUCUGUUUUAUACCUCACAUCAUAUAAACUGACUUCAGUACUUAGAUUCUAUUUGAAUAAAUUUUACCA